UACCAGAGACUGGGGAGGGAGGGGAAGAUGGGGUCAACAGGUACAAAGUUACAAUUAGAUAGGAGGAGUGAAUUCUGGUGCACUCUUGCACAGUAGGGAGACUGUGGUUAAUGGUAAAAUAUUGUAUUUUAUAAAAUAGCCAGGAGAGAGGUGUUUGAAUAUUCUCAUCAUAAAUAAAUGAUAAAUGCAUGAGUUAAUGGAUAUGCUAACUACCCUGAUUGGAUCAUUAUACAAUAUACAUAUGUAUCAGAAUAUCAUAUUAUACUCCAUAAAUAUGUACAGUUACAAUGUCAAUUUUAAAAAUGAAAUUAAAUAGACUCCCCCGUUUUAAUUUAUAUCAAUAUCUGUAUUUUAUCUAUAUUUAGGACUUGAUGAGAAUUUGUAGCUUGAGGUAAAGUUAGAAUGUGUUUGUAGUAGAAUGUACCUUGGAAUUUUUUAAUGUCUGCACAUGCUAUACAUCAAACUACUUUAGUCAAAAUAUUUGUUCAGUGGGAAAAAAAUCAGUGAAAAUAAAUUAUAUAUCUUAGUCCAAACAAAAAGUAAUUGACUGAUCUAUUUCCUCCAUUCUCAGAACACCAUCAACUAUAAGGUGUAACAUCAAUUAAUAACAGGUAAGGAGGAAAAAAAGACAUGACAUUAAAUGCACACUUCGAUUCCAGGAAUGUUAAAAUAUGUGGGGAAAAAAACAGUACCAGCACAGCCAUGUAUCUUGGGAUUAAGCCAGUGCAGAAUUCCACUCACUUGGUAUUAUGGUGUAUUGCAGCUGGUAGAGGCCAGGUAGGACUAAUUUUAUGAAAGUAAUUAAACAAAAUUUUUUAGUAGUACACAUGAGCAGAACUAAUUAAAAUUGAAGACAUGUUUUCUCAGGCCCAUCAGUUUAUUUUUGUAUUCUUUUGUCAAAACAAAACAAAAAAAGAAACCAAAAUCAUGAACAGUUAGGGAGGUACUAUACACGGUGAGCCUGGAGCAUCUUGUAGUGCUGGAAAGUGAGGAAGUACUUAAAAACAAAACAGAAAAAAAUAUUGAUAGGAGUAUGUCAAAGGAGCACAGAAACCAAUGGUAAGAGCUCCCAGUGGCCAAAGCUGGAACAGUUUGAGCAACAGAAUAAAGUACUGUUGAAUUAAAAUGCAAAGCAUAAAAUAAAUACCUGUGCAGCCAUACUGGUAUAAAUAAAUGAUUGAAUACAUUAAUAAAUGUGUAUAAGAGACAAAUCUUCCAUGCAGAAGGAUCCCAAAUAAUUUAUAUAGACACUCUACCCCGAAGGACUUUCUUCCAAAGAGUAUGAUAUGGAAAGGUGGGGAGAAGCAGCGAGCAGCUUUACAGUGGAGAAACCCGACAUGCACUGCCUCAGCCAGGUGAUCAAGGCCAACACCAGCAGUAUUAAAUCAUGUGGAUAGUACAUAUACCUGAUGCGAUGUGACUAAAAUGACACUUUACCUCCUCCAAAUAACCCAUAGCCCCAGUCUUAUCAAGAGAAAAAACAAAUCCCAAUUGUGGCACAUUCUACAAAAUACCAGAGCAGUAUUUCUCAAAACUGUGACGGUUGUCAAAAACAAGGAAAGCCUGAAAAGUGGAGCGUAAGAAGACACGAUGACUAAAUGUGAUGUGGAGUCCUGGAUGGGAUCCUGGAACAGAUAAAGGACAGUAGGUAAGAACUAAGGAUAUCUGAAUAAACCGUAGACUUUAGUUAAUAAUUAUGUAUCACUAUUGGUUUAUUAAUUGGUACUUAGGUAUCAUACUAAAUUUAAGAAGUUAAUAAUACGGGAGACUGGGCGUAGGAUAUAUGGGAACUCUGUACUGUCUUCUCAGUUUUUCUAUAAAUCUGUAACUGUUCUGAAAUAUAAAGUGUAUUAAAAUUUUUAAAUGCCUAACCAGAAAAAAAAAAAAAAAAAAAAAAAAAAACAUGGACAGAAAGCCAGGUUAGGGAUUUUAAUGGAAAAUUAUAAAGCAUUUUAUUAAGGCCUUUAAAAAUUCCACACAGAACACGGCUUAAGCAGAACAUAUGCGGCUGCUUAGUUGAAAAAUGGAACUGGCAGCUUAACCCAGAAUGUGAGACUUCUAAAUACAUUCAAAUUGAGUCAUCAUCAUUUUUCAUCUAUGUAGUAUUUUGUUUUUCCAAAGUUCUUGCAAUUUCUGACUCCAAGAUGGCAAAAUUUUACCAUUAUUCCUGUUUUAAAGCUAAUGCCAUGUCUAUAGCUCGGACAGCCAUUUUGACUCAAUUGUCUAAUCUAAAUGUCAAUUCAAUCAGAAAACCAGCCAUCAGCUGUCAAAAUGGUAAAAACAGAUAUGUGUGUUUUCAAAGCCAGAAGUGCAAUCAUGUGGUGAGACUUCAGGGUUUUACUGUUGUCCACAGUUCUGAGUCCCAGGACUGGUUUCCUUAGUAUUCUCCCAUGGAAAACUUCAUCAGGGAAUUAUAGGGUAAUAUUUUCAAGACUUGGAGUAUGUCUACAGUUACCUUUCUAAAAAACAAAAAAGAUCCCUUUAAAAACAUUUUUUAAAAAACAAUCAUGCCAAGGUAGCCAAAUAGAAACAACUUUGGGGUUUUUGCAGUCAAGUCUUACAAAUUGUGGAAUAUUCCCCUUGGUCCAGGAGAUCAUUUGACUGCCACACACAACUUCCUAUAUCCACAAAUUCCAGUAUGUUUGGACCCUCCUGAUGGCUAGGGGAAUCACAAAAAGAAACAGAAGGCACCAGUGAGCAGAACAAGAAAGCUAGAUAUGGUGCCCUUGGGCUUGUUGCUUAGUCCCUGCCCCAGCUCUCCUCCAGCCUCUCCAGCUGUACAGGGCAGAGAGGGUCACAGCUGGCACUCUCCUGGUGCUCUUGUCGGGCCAACAUCAGAGCCCCCAUGGCCAGGACUCACACACUGCCAGGAACCCAGCUCCAUUCCGGAGGAAGAUGAUACCCAGCUCUUUCAAGGGAAACCAAAAGGCUGGUGUAUUUUGGAGGUCAGCAAGAGGGAAAUGUCUCCCAGUUAUUUAGCCCUGGAAGGCUGAGAAUACAUUGGUUUUGUUUUCUGAACCAACAGUUGGGGCACACUGUCUGACAGCAUGACCACAUGUGAACUUGAGAGAGUCCCAGGAAAUUCAGGGUGUGUAGCCAUGGUUGAUGCAGGAUCCAGAAAUAUGAACCAAGGCCUGAGUGUGCUCCCUUGAUGGUGGUGCCCUCCAGAGAGGAGUGUGGGGACGUCCUGGGUGCAGCACCAUCAAGGGCCCUUCCUCAGCUGCCCUGAGGGUGGCAUUCCCACGGGCUGACCUAAUGACAGCAGAGCACCCAAGCCCCAGGCUCCUCUGUGAGCGCUCUGCCCCUUCUCAGCUGCUCAACUCCAGCCUCAAGAGCCCUUGAGCCCUGGGGCUCAAGACUAUCUCUCCCUUCCCCCUUCACUUUCCUCUGGAGUCAGGAGUGCCUGGAGUCCAGGCAUGACUUCCCCCUGGCUUAUCUCCUCUUUACCUGUGUCCUGGGAACACUCACAACAAGCUGGGGGAGACAAUCAUUUCCGCAGACACAGGGUUACCCCCAUGUGAAGCAAGCAGCAAAUUGAUCUUAUCACAUGCCUCUGACCAGUUAGGGAGGCGAGUCAAAGAAGGUGCAGUGAGGAAGUAUAAUGUCACAUGCAACAUUUACAGGAAACUGGCUAGAAGACAGAAGGGGAACUUGAGAACUUGGUUGUUUUCAGCAGAUUAAAACAACACAGAAUGUGACUGCUGGAAAAGCUGGCACUGAUCUGAGAACUCCACUUCACUGAGGAAGACCAGACAGCACUGUUACACCCAGCACCUGUGGGUCAUCCACUGGAGAAGUGGCUUCCAAAGCCUCUGAGCAAAGGAGGAAGGAACAAACAACAAAUUAAUCAGACAGGAAGCGAAUAACCGCAGAAGGACGUCUGCCUCUGACUCAGUAUGUCACAUUUAACAAGAGGCCAGAGCUUGUCCAAAAUGGCUGUCCAAAAAUGACCUCACACUUGCGUUAGAAGAUGAUACCUUUUUCAGGGACAGUAUUCUCUCUUGGCUUCUGUCCUGCUGGCCCUCUGUCUGCCUGUGUCCCUGACCAUGGCUCCCUGCAGUACCCUUUAACGAUUUAUCAGCAAGACUGUUGAACGCAUAACUGCCCAAGAUGCCCGUCCCUCCCCCUCCAGCACCCCCGCCGCCCCCGACGUUUGCACUGGCCAAUACAGAGAAGCCUACCUUGAAUAAGACAGAGCAGGCUGGGAGAAAUGCUCUCCUUUCUGAUAUCAGCAAAGGGAAGAAACUAAAGAAGACAGUCACCAAUGACAGAAGUGCACCAAUAUUGGACAAACCUAAAGGAGCUGGUGCUGGAAGUGGUGGUGGUGGCUUUGGUGGAGGCGGCGGAUUUGGCGGAGGAGGUGGUGGCGGAGGCGGUGGAAGUUUUGGAGGGGGCGGACUUCCAGGUCUGGGAGGACUGUUCCAGGCUGGAAUGCCGAAGCUGAGAUCCACGGCCAACAGGGAUAAUGAUUCUGGAGGAAGCCGACCACCCAUGUUGCCACCGGGAGGAAGAUCCACAUCUGCCAAACCCUUUUCACCCCCAAGUGGCCCAGGGAGGUUUCCUGUGCCUUCUCCAGGCCACAGAAGUGGUCCCCCAGAGCCUCAGAGGAACCGAAUGCCGCCCCCAAGGCCCGACCUGGGCUCAAAGCCUGAUAGCAUCCCCCCUCCAGUACCUAGUACUCCAAGACCCAUUCAAUCAAGUCUGCACAACCGGGGGUCCCCACCAGUGCCCGGAGGCCCGAGGCAGCCCGGCCCCGGGCCCACUCCUCCCCCUUUCCCUGGAAACCGCGGCGCUGCUUUGGGAGGAGGCUCAAUACGUCAGUCUCCCUUGAGCUCCUCCUCGCCCUUCUCCAACCGGCCUCCCCUGCCGCCUACGCCCAGCAGGGCCUUGGAUGACAAACCCCCUCCGCCACCUCCUCCAGUAGGCAACAGGCCCUCCAUCCACAGGGAAGCGGUUCCCCCUCCUCCUCCUCAGAACAACAAGCCUCCAGUGCCUUCCACUCCGCGGCCUUCCUCCUCCUCACAGGCCCCACCUCCGCCGCCACCUCCCAGCAGGCCCGGGCCGCCUCCCCUGCCUCCAAGUUCCAGCGGCAAUGACGAAACCCCAAGACUCCCACAGCGGAAUCUGUCCCUCACUUCGUCCACGCCCCCCUUACCUUCGCCAGGACGUUCAGGUCCUCUUCCUCCCCCGCCCAGCGAGAGACCCCCACCUCCAGUGAGGGACCCGCCAGGCCGAUCAGGCCCCCUCCCACCACCUCCUCCAAUAAGCAGAAACGGCAGCACGUCUCGGGCCCUGCCUGCCACCCCUCAGUUGCCGUCCAGGAGUGGAGUAGACAGUCCAAGGAGUGGACCCAGGCCUCCCCUUCCUCCUGACAGGCCCAGUGCUGGGGCACCUCCCCCACCUCCACCAUCAACAUCUAUUAGAAAUGGCUUCCAAGACUCUCCAUGUGAAGAUGAGUGGGAAAGCAGAUUCUACUUCCAUCCAAUUUCCGAUUUGCCACCUCCAGAGCCAUAUGUACAAACGACCAAAAGUUAUCCCAGCAAAUUGGCAAGAAACGAAAGCCGGAGUGGAUCCAACCGAAGAGAAAGGGGUGCCCCACCACUCCCUCCCAUCCCGAGGUGAUCUUUGCCUGCUCUUCUCUACCCAAGCUCAAGAGCUGCUUCUGUUGCUAAGAACUGCACACCCUCCUCCCCGCUUCUUCCCUUGUGCCCCAUGUAUGGGCAGGAGGAAAGAUGGGAGGGUGAGUGGGAAUAUGCGUGUGUGCAUGGGAAUCGGUAAGAAAUGCACCUAGCUUUUCAUAUUGUUUAUUCUCCAGGCUAUUGCUUGCUUCAGCUGCAACCGGGGUCGAUAGGCUUUUGUGGUAAUAGGCAGAGAUGAAUUGCAUCCCAGCUUUCCACCAACCAAAUCCAAACAUUCACUGCUUAUUUGCCACAGACUGUAAUUAUUAAAGUCCCUGAGAGCUGUUUUCUCCCAUUCCUUUUUCGCAUGCUUGGCCUCCUGUCUGUUUCCAUGAACCACAGACCACCUAAGCAAGCUGCUGAGUAAGGGCUCACAGGAAACUUUUGCAGUCACAGGAUGUCCAAUCUUUGGCAGUCCGAGCUCAGCUCCAGGACAGAGCUGUCCAAUAGAAAUAUAAUGUGAGCCCCAUAUACAACUUCAACAUUUCUAGUAUAUUUUCAACAAGUGAAGUUAAUAUGCAUCCAAAGUAUUUCAACCUGUAAUCAACAUAAACUUUUAAUGAGAUAUUUUAUAUUAUCUUUUGGUACCGAGUCUUCAGAAUCCAGAGUGUAUUUUACAUUUACUGGUAGCACAUCUCCAUUUGGACUAGUCACAUUUUUAAGUGCUCAGUGGCCACAUGUGGGUGGUGGCUACUGGAUUAGACAGCAUAAGUCUGGAAGAUGGAAGCUAGUGCAGAAACCUCGUUUAAAAAACAAAAAAGGCAAGAUGGGCUUGAGCGAUUCAAGAGGCAACUAAAAAUAAAAUUAGGACUCAGUACCUCGUUUGACACACAGUUUGACCUUCAAUUUUGCUCUCUUAUCUUCCCUCUUCCCUUAAUAUCUGUAUACAAGUGUUGCUUCAAAGUACCAAGGUCAGAAAUUAAUUGAGUACGAUUUACUAAAGUCAUGUGGAAUAAAGCCACUGAAAAGAAACGGAGAGCCUGUCGGGACUUCCGGGCUCAGAACCAGCUGGCGCACGCCCUCACUUGUCAGUUGGACUUCUGCCUUGUGAAAUGGAAGCAGCCUUUGUUCCUCUCUGGCUGAGCAAGUUCCUGAGGCUGGGAGACACUAGGAAGGCUUGGUAGGAGGGGAAGAAAGUCAGGGAAAGGUGUCAAAUCAGAAACAUGGAAGAAGAAGGGAACAGAUUUGAGUUGGUGGGUAAAACUCUAAAAAUCUAAAUCUGAUUCUUAUGUAAGGGUUGAGCGAAUUAGGGAGAUUGCUAGUGGAAAUUGGAGGGAAUUUGUUUUGCAUCAUUUGUCUAGGAUCUAUGCAAAUACAGCUCCACUAAAGGACCAUAGGGAAGAGCCAGCCUUGCCUUUUCUUACAUGAUUUUGUUUACAAAAUUUUACUGGGACUUUUAAAUCUAGCUAUAGAGUUGGGAAAAAAUAUUUCCACUUAGAUAUUUUAUAUGGUUUUGUUUAAAAUGACCAUUACUUGUUUUUUAAAAACACAUGACCACAUAUGUAUAUGUGUAUCUACCUAAACAUUGUAUCAUGGUUUCAGUAUGUUAUUCAUGUAUUACUGGGAGAUGCUAACAAGAACCCAACCCAAAGAAAAUUCUGAAAAAUACAUUUCUAUUUAUAGAAUAAAUGUUUCAUUUAUAUAAAAGCAAAAGAACUUAGAGUUCUAAUAAAUGGGAUGUCUAAUAAAUUAUGAAGUUACUGAUUUGAAUAUAUUAUAUUUUUAUAACUUCCUUGCCAAAGUCCUGAUGUAGUACAUUAGAGAACCUGUGUUUCCUCUCUCAUCGACCAUUCAUCUGUCUUCCAUACAGUCAUUUGGGCUUUUUACUCAAAGAGAAUCAAGAAAUAAUAAGGUAUAACAAGCCUGGCAAAGUGUUGGUUUUUUAAAAAAAUUUGUUAAUCUCUAGCAGUUUGGUAAUUUAGCAGCAUCAUUUAUUUGGGAUUCUUUUAUCUGAUUUCAACAGUGAAAAGCAUCCCUGUGAUAAAGCCUAAUGACCCAUUUCACAAAAGAUGGAGUUUCCCCUUCCUAGAAAAUAUGACAGAGAAAAGUCUGACUCAAAGAAAGUGGGUCUGAAUUUUAUAAGGGGUAGUAACAAUUGGACAAUUCCUUUGCGUAUCUGAACUUGGCAGGUACCAUUCUAAAUUUGAAACAGGGUCAUAGCUCAAAGUUGCCAUUCAUCCAGAAUAGAGAUCUUUUAGAAUGUAGUGUUUUAAGUGAGUGUUUCAUUAAUACACCUACACCCUUUCUUUGAAAGUUUGCAACCUAAUUGCAUCUAAAACUUUGAGUAAGUUCUGUGGUAAAAUCUUAAACUAUGGAAAAUUACAAAAAUGAAUAUUUUCUUCCCUGAAAUCAGAGCUUACAUGUGUGUUUUUUUCAUAAAAUUUUCAGAUAAAUGUAUUCAACAUGUAAUACAGUAUUUUAACAUUCACCUCUUAUUUUAUAUUGAAAUGUAUUACAGUAUUAAAACUCAGUGUUCAGUAUUUAUUUCACUAUGCAUAUUAUUUAGUAAAAGCCAGGAGAAAUGUUUAAUCCAAUGGUGCCUUACUUUGUGAUUUAAAAGAAGUCAACUUUUUUUAUGUCUAAGUAGCAGAUUAUUUGCAUAUUUGUAAAAACUGUUAGGUCUUUAUAUUUUAAAUUGUAAUACCAGUUUUGUUAUUUUAGUAGCAGAAAUGGGAUGAUUGUUAAAGUUCCCAAAAAAUGUUGGCGUGAAAUUAAUUUUUUCCUCCUUAUAGUCAAGGACCGUAGAGGAAGAAAAACAUUUUUUUCAUGCCAUGCACUAUGUAAACAGACACAUUUUGGUAUCUGUGUCAUCAGGAUAGUGUAAAUGGUAGGGUAGAGACUCCCCCAGACAUCUGCAUCUUUGUAAGUUAGCCAGACAAUAAAGAAAAGCAGAAUGA